CUGCUCUGUGACUCUCGGCGUGCCGCUUCGGCUCCGCUGCCGUUGCGGAGGCGGCGCGGGCUGACCUGGGCGGGUUCCGCGCCGGAUCAUCGUUAGACGCGCCCCGCCCCCGACCACCUCGCGCCUCGCGCGGCGUGAUCUCGGCGCGCGGCCGCUGCUGCUCGCCACGCUCGCCGCCGUGGUGCUCGUGCGGCUGCUGUGGCCCGAGGCGAGCCGCGCGGAGCUGCUGUGGACGAUCGACCCGCCCGAGGCGGCGCGGCAGCACAUCCGGCGGCUGAUCCUCCCGCCCGAGGCCAUCCGCCUCCGCCCGGCAGACACCUCCCCCACGAGCGCAGCCGGAAGCUGCGGUGACAGGAGGAGCGGCGGAAGCGGCAGCGGCGGCGGUGGCAGCGGUUGUGGCAAAUGCAGCUGCAACGGCAACGGCGGCGGCGACAAUGGCGGCGUUUGCAGCAGCAGCGGCGGCGGCGCUGGUGUCGGCGGGGUGGGUGGGAGUGUGCUUGGCCGGCGGAAUGGCCACCUCGGCAGCGGGAUGAUGCUUCCUCGCGUCGGGCAGAGGCCUCUCUGCUACGAGUGGGCGACGCGCAUCGUAGACGCGCGGCUGGCCGUGGAGCCUUCGGGCGUUGUCCGGUGCGAGGAGCGCUUCAAGCUCGGUGACGUGCUCGGCAGCGGCGCCUUCGCCACCGUCUUCCGCGCAACUUGCCUGACCUCGGGCCGGCUCUGCGCGGUGAAGAAGGUGGCGCGGCCGGUGCAGGCGCUAGGCAUGGUGCGGCGAGAGGCGUCCGUCCUCCGGCUGGUACGGCUGAUUGGGACGUUCGCCGACGCUCGCCACACCGCCUACCUCGUGCUCGAGCUGCUGCCCGGCGGGGACCUGUUUGCACAGGUGGUUGCGCGCUGGCAGCCGACCAACGGGGCGCCGGCGGAGGGCUACACGGAGGAGGGCGUGCGCGCGUUGCUGCGCAUGGCCCUUUCCGCCCUCGCCUUCAUCCACGCCCGGCGGGUGGUGCACCGCGACAUCAAGCCGGAGAACCUGCUGCUGCUCGACCGGCGCGGCGGCCUGCUCGACUUGCGGCUCUGCGACUUUGGCGCCGCGCAGGUGCUGCCGCUGCCGACGGGGGGCGCGGCGGGCGGCGGGGGCUAUUUUGCGCCCCCCACCUCGCCGGGGUUGCACGCCGAGGGUGGCGACCCAGCCUCGCCAGAGCUACCCGGCCUCGUCGGCACGCGCGGCUUCGCGUCGGACGUGUGGUCGAUCGGCGUCAUCCUCUUCGUGCUUCUGUCUGGCCAGCAGCCGUUUGCGGCCGAGGACGAGGAGGUCGAGGCGCAGCUCGUGCUCCGCGGACGCUGGACCUUUGGCGCGGCGACGUGGAGGGACGUGUCGUCGAGCGCAAAGGGCCUCGUGCGGGCAAUGCUGACCGGCGACCCCGCCCGCCGCCCGACCGCUAGCGAGGCGCUGCAGCACGCCUGGUUCACGGCGCCGGAGCCGCCGCUAGAGCCGCCGCUACCGCCGUUUGGCGGCUGCAGGGCGGCGACGGCGGGGGCGGCCUCGUACCGCAGCUGGCUCUCGCCGCUACCUCCUCAGCCGCUCGACCCACAGGCGCCAGCCGCGUCGAGGGCGAGCGUGCAGAGGAGGGCGGCGAGGGAGCCACUCCGCAACGGGAGGCUCGGUGGGGGCAGCGGCCGCCGCGAAGCCGCGUCUUCCGCGGAUUUGGUCGCCCUCCACCGCCGCCGCGCCGCCGCCGCGCACCCGCCUCCGGGCUCCCGCUCGGUCGAGCUGCUGAAUCUCGAGCUAGAGCGCGAGGCGAAGAGGGAGGAGGCGGCCGAGGAGGCGGCGGAGGGGGAGGCGGACGGCCAGGCGGCGGCCGAGGCGGCGGCGGAGGCGGAGGCGGAGGCGCGAGGGAGCGGCGCGGCGGCAGCCCUCCUUUCGGAGCGAGCCGUGCGGCGCUCUGCCGUUGCGAGCGUGCGGCCGCUGCGUAAGAGCCAGGAGCUGGCGCCGGCGCUCGCGCUGCUCGCGUCGGCGCACCGCAGCGCGUCGCCGCGCGCGGGCAGCUGCGCCGCCUUGCCUGCUUCGGUCUCGAUGCCAGAGACAAUGUGGCUCGAGCGGCGGCCGGCGCUGCAGCCGCUGCCGCAGCCGCGCGGGCGGCACCGCAGCAGCGCCCUCGAGCACAUUCGGCUGUAGCCUGUCCGAAGAGCGCGGCGAUUGGAGGACGCGUUGAGGCGUGUGUAUUGCAGAGAGCGGUGGUGGAGGCGAGUCGGGGUGGUCGCGGUUUUGUCUGCGCCGACGCGGAGAGAGAGUCGGACACGUGUAAUCUCUUGUGAUCUCGCUCAGUGUGUCUUGCGUCCACUGUGUAGUAAUGUAUAUCGCGAGGAAAACAU